UAUUAAUAAAAAAAAACCUCGACUUAAAAAGUGUAUAAAAUAAUUCGGGUCCACAUUAAGCCCGACCACGUAUUAGUCCACUCAUCCACUAUAUAACAUACAACUUAAAUGUGGACUCGAUACUAACCUGAUUUCGAGUACAACAUUUGUAGACAGGAGUCUAUGUUUCAACCCUCCCCAUUUUAUCGAUAUUGAUAAGAAACGCAAACGCAGCGUACUACACUAUUUAAAUCGCUUGUUGGUACUAUGGUUCUUUGACAGUUCUUUGUCGUACAUUUUGGUAAUGAUUUGCGAAACAAACUGAUUCCACUCGUUAGUAUGGGAGUCCCGUCUUUUAAAACGUAGUGAUUAUAUGCUCUUUGGUCAGUACAGCAGUCCAAGUCCAUAACAAUUUCAUGGCAAUUUCUAAACGGAAGCGCUUGCUCUGUCAGUAACCUGUCAAGUGAAAUUGACAUUUGCAGUUUGAAAAAGUAAUAAAGUGACCGGCCGUUUCACGUUACAAUUAUAAACAGUGAUAAAAUCGAAAAUGUCGGCUUUUCAUGGAUUUCCCGAAUUGCCGGGACCUGAUGAAACAGCCUUUUGCAAACUUAAUGAAGUAUAUUGCUGCGGGAACAGCAGAUACGGAAAUAUUUCGACAUUUACUAACACGACUAAGAAACAUCCAGUGAUAAACGUAACAAGAGAGAUACAUCACCAUCGUGCCACGGACGAAAAUGUAUCCAUGUACGUCGACGUUGACGACAAUUUAUUGAAGAAAAUAACCAGUGUGUGGUACAAACAAGGAUUUCUUGAAGCUUUAAGUGUAGCCGCAGACCCUGGCGUAAAUCGAGAAAGCCCAGUACUCGCUCUGACGGCGUCAUACCUUUUAAAAGUCGCUAAUGUUUUUACAGCCUUUCAUUAUUUCAUGCAGCCACAUUUAAAGGAUAUUGGGCCUAAAAUCGUGGCAAAUUACUCUAAGACCAGGAACUGGGGGAGUGGUCCUAUAAAAUGCUUGGCCUGGCACCCUCAUACAACUAAAAUAGCGGUAGCAACCACUGAUGAUAAUAUAAGAGUGUAUUGUGCGGAGGCUUCAUUUGUGCCGAUGUUGAAAUGCAAAGCACAAGGACAUGUGUCUUCGCUUAGCUGGAGACCUUAUUCAGCUUCGGAGAUAGCUGUAGGGUGUGAACAGGGAGUAAUUGUGUGGACAGUUGACCCAAAUUCUACUUUUACAAAGCCAUCUUCGAGUAAUGCAGUUGUCUUGAAACAACACAAUCACAGCCCAGUAACAGACGUCAGCUGGUCACCCAAUGGUGACCUCCUCAUCAGCUGCAGUGGAGCCGACACCUCCAUGCUCAUAUGGGACGUCAGCAUGGAAACAGCAGUGCCAUUGAGACGUGUGGCGGGUGGCGGUAUAGUGUUCUCACGGUGGUCGUAUGGCGCGAGCAAAGUGUUUGCUGCCACAUCAUCAAUAAUAUUUAGAGUGUGGGACAGCAAAAAGUGGACGCCUGAGCGUUGGUGCGCGCGCGGCGGUCGUGUGGUGGCGGCUUGUUGGGGGCCCGGUGACCUUCUGCUGUUUGCUGCUAAGGGAGAACCUAUGGUGUAUGCACUUAGUAGCACUGGACUCAUGAAUGGUGCCCAGAACAUGAAAGCAUUACCAGUUCUGGAUGUGACAAAAACUGAGCUGCCAUCAGGCGACCCGGUAGGGGGUCCUAUUUUAGACAUGUGCUGGGACCAGUCGGGGCGAUACCUGGCCCUCAUGUUCGAGGAGUCAGCUCUCGUGGCCAUCUUCUGCACUACUAAUAUUAUGAUGCAGCUUAAAAUAACACCCUGCUGUUUCGUAUGCGGCAUUGAGAACGAAGUGCCGCUUACUAUGGCGUUCCAACAGAACUUCACUGACGGAGCCUGUCUGACAGUGGCCUGGUCUAGUGGUAGAGUUCAACACUUCCCUAUUGUCUAUACUGAUGGUUACUAGAGUGACCAUUCAUACCAUAAGUGACAAUGGACUUUUGCUGAACUUCGGGCGUGUCUCAAUAUGGACUAGUGGUCCAUAUUAUUAACAUGCUCAUAAUAUAUCUACAGCUGGAGCUCAGUUGAUCCUAGAGUGACCUAGUGAGUGGAGUGGAAGAAUACAGCAGUCUUACAUAUAAUUGGCCUUUUAGAAGAAUUUCACCAACGGAGCUUGUCUGAUAGUGGUCUGGUCUAGUGGCAGAGUUCAACACUUCCCUAUUGUCUUCACUGAUGCUUACUAAAGUGACCAUUCUUACCAUGGACUUUUAGCAUAACUCGAGCUAGUCUCAAUAUGGAUUAGUGGUCCAUAUUAAUAACAUGCGCAAGGCUCAUAAUAUAUCUAUAGCUGGAGCUCAGUGGAUCAUAGAGUGACCUAGUGUGUGAAGUGGAAGAGUACAGCAGUCUUACAUAUAAUUGGCCUUUUAGAAGAACUUCACCAACAUUGCUUGUCUGACAGUGGGCUUGUUUAGUGGCAGAGUUGAACACUUCUCUGUUGAUACUGAUGAUUACUAGUUUCAACUGUACUAUACCAAAGUGAUCUCGAUUUCUAAAAUAAGUAUUUUAUAUGGCCACUUUGUGAAUCCAAUCUAACCUGUAUGUGUAUUCAAGUACCGUAAAACGAACCAACUGUCCAAUACUGCAACAAUUGUCCACGAGUUCAAAAGGCAAUGUUCCAUGAGUUCCCUUUAAUUUUGUCUCAAUUUUUUCUUUCAUAUAUAGAUGUCGGCGGCCGAUCAUAAGAUCAGACAAAUCGUGAAACGUGAAAAAUCUUCGUCUCGUUCCCUGAGUCGUAUUUCUGGACAGUGUACCUUUCGGGCAUCUGAAGCAACCUAACGAACCUAUCCUACCUAUGUAUUGGUUUUAUGUGACUACCGUCAAAACCUUACAUAGGAACAUUAUGAUCUGCCUAAUUAUACGAACGGCCGCCGACAUAUAUAUAGAGUUAGAAUUAGAAGUUCAAAAUUCAAAUAAAAGAUACCUCUCAAGAGUUAAUUUUGGACAAUAGUUUCGGAGUUUCACGGUACAAACAGCAACACUUCUAACUGUCCAUCGGUGGACCUUAUGCCUUCUGUAGUAAGGUUCACCAAUGGACCGUUAUCAGUGUGGGCGAUGGUACUUGUAUGUCUUUUUUAAACUUACCUAUUGUCUAAGUCAAAAUAUAUUUUUUAAAUAUAA